AUGACUGACGAAACUGAAGCAUUAAUUAGUGUUGACCACGUAAAGUACAGAAAAGCUGGAGCAGGAAAGUCACCAGUUGGGCUAUUAGCUGUUUUCAGUGAUCACAUCGAAUGGAGAGACGACGCAAGUCCAGAAGUUUUCACCUGGGAAUUAACUCGCAUUAAAGGUCAAAGAGUAUCUCCGCCUCACAAAUCGAAAGUUCAGCUGCAGUUGGUGCUGACAAAUGACGAGCAAGCUAUUUUUGUAUUUCUCAAUCCUGGAUCAUCAACAGAGGAACUAGUGAAAGAACGAGACGAUGUUAAACACAAACUAAUGCAUGCUCUCAUUCUGAAUGGUCGUCGUGAAAAAGAGCGCCUUCGAAACCUCCCUGUUCACAAUGACGACGAAGUUGAAGAUUUGAAUGAUUAUAGCUCCGAAGACUCUGUGAAUGUUCCAGUGCAAACUAAGCUCAGAAACUAUCGUGCUCAUGUCGGAAUUUUACAACACCAGGUCAACGACCGCGAGGACACACUUAUCAAACGGAAUUCCACAAUCAAGGAUUUGGAGACUAAACUGGCGGCAGCUGAUCAAAAAUUGAUCGAGCAAGAAUUAAAGCUCCAGAAGGAGCUCGCCGAGCGGGAUGCUAAAAUCCGGAAGUUGGAGAUCGAACUGGAGGCGACGUAUAUUGUUGCCAAGUUGCCACGCGACGAUCGAGACAUGAUGGAACUCAUUAAAUGCAACGCACAAAUACUUAGUAUCAGUGCCAAGUUGGAUUUCGCGAACUCGGAAAUUGACGAGCUAAAAAAGAAGUACGCCGAUGUUGAAGCGGCCAAUGAGAACCAUCUGGACACAAUUCGCAUUCAGCAGUCGAGAAUCGAUAAAUUCCAGGAGGCGUUGAAGGAGGCGGGUGCCGAAUAUGACGAGAUGAAGGAUCGGAUGGUAGAGGGCGAGAUGGAGUGUGAGAGGCAGAUGACGGAUUAUGAGAUAAAGAUUCAGGAGCUGGAGACCACACUGGAGAUUCAGAAGUUGGAGAUUCAGAAGUUGGAGAAGGAGAAGAUUCCAGAGCCAACUCAUCUCUAUAUUGAGCUCGGCAAGCUUUAUGUGGAGCUCCAGGAGGCGAAGAGGCCCCACGAUGAUCAGUUGGCUGUUAAGGACAAGGAAAUCGAGUUUUUCUUGAAGCAACUCGAAGCGAAGGAUUCAGAAAUUCAGAAUCUGAAGGACAGCGUUCAGAUGAAAAUGGAUGGCAAGGAUCAUGGUUCGGAGGUGAUGGAGAAGAAGGCGGCGAUUCAAGAUCCGGUUAGAUUGGGAGUGAAUUAUGGAAAUGGAGACCCUGAUCAGGAUUGGUAA